AUGUCGAUUCCCGAAACACAAUGGGCCCAGGUUGCUGAGCAAGUUGGCGGCCCGCUUGUUUUAAAGCAGAUUCCAGUUCCAAAACCUGGCCCCGACCAGAUUCUCGUGAAGAUUCGCUAUACUGGUGUUUGUCACACCGAUCUUCAUGCGAUGAAGGGACACUGGCCGCUUCCAGUCAAGAUGCCCUUGGUGGGCGGGCACGAAGGUGCUGGAGUCGUCGUUGCUAAGGGUGAAUUGGUUCAAGAUUUUGAGAUCGGUGAUCAUGCCGGUUUGAAGUGGCUCAAUGGAUCUUGCGGAGAGUGUGAAUUCUGCAGACAAUCCGAUGAUCCCCUCUGUGCCAAUGCCGCGCUUUCGGGAUAUACUGUUGAUGGCACAUUUCAGCAAUACGCCGUUGGCAAAGCCACACACGCUUCUAAGAUCCCCAAGAAUGUCCCUCUUGAUGCAGUGGCUCCAGUGCUGUGCGCCGGUAUUACUGUAUACAAGGGAUUAAAAGAAUCAGGUGUCCGUCCUGGUCAGACCGUGGCCAUUGUUGGAGCCGGUGGUGGUCUUGGCUCUCUCGCUCAGCAGUACGCUAAGGCCAUGGGACUCCGAGUUGUCGGUAUUGAUGGAGGUGAUGAGAAGAGAGUGAUGUGUGAACAACUUGGUACUGAGGCUUUCGUUGAUUUUACAAAGUCGAAAGAUUUGGUUGCCGAUGUGAAGGCUGCAACUCCCGAUGGCCUCGGCGCACAUGCUGUCAUUCUAUUGGCGGUUUCUGAGAAGCCAUUCCAGCAAGCUACUGAAUAUGUUCGAUCUCGCGGAACUAUUAUUGCUAUCGGAUUACCCCCCGAUGCAUCACUCAAAGCUCCUGUCUUCCAGACUGUUGUCCGCAUGAUCAGCAUCAAGGGAAGCUAUGUUGGUAAUCGCCAAGAUGGUGUGGAGGCCCUCGACUUCUUUGCACGAGGCCUCAUCAAGGCCCCCUUCAAGGUUGCUCCUUUGAAAGAUCUGCCUGAGAUUUUCGAACUUAUGGAGAAAGGUCAAAUCGCUGGCCGCUACGUACUUGAGCUCCCGGAAUAG